AUGCAAACUGGCCUAAUCGUUUUCGUUUAUUCAAUUUUUAUCAAUGGAAUACGCGAUAAAAAAUUGGUUGAGAAACUCAUAAAAGAACUAAUUGUUAGCAUUGAGUCGUUGGCGACUUGUCAAUGUCAACAACCCGACUGUGUUCACAGCUUUUGUUCUCGUAAAUUGCCACUGAGCCACAUGGAUGAAGGAAAUGGAGUUGGCUUUUGGGAGGGAGAGGGAGAUGUCUCUGGAAGCAAGAUGUUCUACCAAAUUGACAUUUCCGGAUUUCGCCAUCUGACAGCUGGGCUACAUUGGGGUUCCUCGAUUUGGCUGCACGGUAUGCUCUCCAUUUGGCCUCGAAGAGAAGGCAAGAUUGCGGAUUCACUGGGAGGCAGCAGCAAACGACUCACUGUGUCUCAAGUUGUUAUCACCAGUAAUGUCCCACUUGCUGAAUGUCUACUCCAAGAGGGUGUGGGUCACUCAUCUCGACAUCAUUCCUUCCCAUCUCCAUACUGUCCUUUUGUAAGGUCAACAGGCCAUCCAAGCACACCACUCUUGUUAUUGAACUUAGGACAAAAUCAAAGUCAAAGUCAUGAAGGCUCCGUAGAAUUCCAUCGCUAUUCCAUAUCGACCACUCCACCGUCAGCUUAA